ACUCCCACUCUCUAUCCAGGUGACCAUGGCCUUGCUGGGGAAGCGCUGUGACGUCCCCACCAACGGCUGCGGGCCUGACCGCUGGACCUCUGCCUUUGCCCGCAAAGACGAGAUCAUCACCAGCCUUGUGUCUGCCUUAGAUUCCAUGUGCUCUGCGCUCUCCAAGCUGAACGCAGAAGUGGCCUGUGUCGCCGUGCAUGAUGAGAGCGCCUUCGUGGUGGGCACCGAGAAGGGGAGAAUGUUCCUAAAUGCGCGGAAGGAGCUGCAGUCAGACUUCCUCAGGUUCUGCCGAGGACCCUCAUGGAAGGAGCCGGAGGCAGAGCACCACAAGAAGGUGCCUCGGGGUGAGGUUGGCAGCCGGAACAUCCCACGGUCUACCCUGGAGCAUGGCUCAGAUGUGUACCUUCUGCGGAAGAUGGUAGAGGAGGUGUUUGAUGUUCUUUAUAGCGAGGCCCUGGGAAGGGCCAGCGUGGUGCCACUGCCCUACGAGAGGCUACUCAGGGAGCCAGGGCUGCUUGCUGUGCAGGGGCUGCCCGAGGGCCUGGCCUUCCGGAGGCCAGCUGAGUAUGACCCCAAGGCCCUCAUGGCCAUCCUGGAGCAUAGCCAUCGUAUCCGCUUCAAGCUCAAGAGGCCACUUGAGGAUGGUGGGCGGGAUUCAAAGGCCCUGGUGGAGCUGAACGGUGUCUCGCUGAUAGCCAAGGGGGCUCGGGAUUGUGGCCUGCAUGCCCAGGCCCCCAAGGGGCCACCCCAGGACCUGCCCCCCACCGCCACCUCCUCCUCCAUGGCCAGCUUCCUGUACAGCACUGCACUCCCUAACCAUGCUGUGAGAGAAUUCAAGCAGGAGGUGUCCUCAUGCCCACUUGCCCCCAGUGACCUGGGCCUCGGCCGGCCUGGGCCUGAGUCCAAGACUCCCGCUGCCCAAGACCUCCCUGACUGCUGUGGACAGAAGCCCACCGGGCCUGGUGGGCCUCUCAUUCAGAACGUCCAUGCCUCCAAGCGCAUUCUCUUCUCCAUUGUCCAUGACAAGUCAGAGAAGUGGGACGCCUUCAUAAAGGAAACCGAGGACAUCAACACGCUCCGGGAGUGCGUGCAGAUCCUGUUUAACAGCAGAUAUGCGGAAGCCUUGGGCCUAGACCACAUGGUCCCAGUCCCCUACAGGAAGAUCGCCUGCGACCCAGAGGCUGUGGAGAUAGUGGGCAUCCCAGACAAGAUCCCCUUCAAACGUCCCUGCACCUAUGGGGUCCCCAAGCUGAAGCGGAUCCUGGAGGAGCGGCAUAGCAUCCACUUCAUCAUUAAGAGGAUGUUUGAUGAGCGAAUUUUCACAGGGAACAAGUUUACCAAAGACCCCACCAAACUGGAACCCGCCAGCCCACCAGAGGACACCUCUGCAGAAGUCUCCCGUGCCACUGUCCUUGACCUGGCUGGGACUGCUCGGUCAGACAGGAGCGGGAUCUCUGAAGACUAUGGGCCAGGAACCUCCGGGGAGCUGGGUGGGCUGAGGCCCAUCAAAAUUGAGCCAGAGGAUCUGGAUAUCAUUCAGGUCACCGUCCCAGACCCUUCGCCAACCUCUGAGGAAAUAAUAGACUCAAUGCCAGGGCAUCUACCCUCAGAAGAUUCUGGUUAUGGAAUGGAGAUGCUGACUGACAAAGGCCCCAGCGAAGACCUGCGGCCUGAGGAGAGGCCUGUGGAGGACAGCCACGGCGAUGUGAUCCGGCCCCUGCGGAAGCAGGUGGAGCUGCUCUUCAACACAAGAUACGCCAAGGCCAUUGGCAUCUCGGAGCCCGUCAAGGUGCCCUACUCCAAGUUCCUGAUGUACCCAGAGGAGCUGUUUGUGGUGGGGCUGCCUGAAGGCAUCUCCCUCCGCAGGCCCAACUGCUUCGGGAUUGCCAAGCUCCGGAAGAUCCUGGAGGCCAGCAACAGCAUCCAGUUUGUCAUUAAGAGGCCUGAGCUGCUCACCGAAGGAGUCAAAGAGCCCAUCACGGACAGCCAAGAGAGGGAUUCCGGGGACCCUUUUGUGGACAGGAGCCUGAAGAGACAGGGCUUUCAAGAAAAUUAUGACGCCAGACUCUCCCGGAUUGACAUCGCCAACACGCUGAGGGAGCAAGUCCAGGAUCUGUUCAAUAAGAAAUACGGGGAAGCCUUGGGCAUCAAGUACCCGGUCCAGGUUCCCUACAAGCGCAUCAAGAGUAACCCCGGCUCGGUGAUCAUUGAGGGGCUGCCCCCGGGAAUCCCAUUCCGAAAGCCCUGCACCUUUGGCUCCCAAAACCUGGAGAGGAUCCUCGCAGUGGCUGACAAGAUCAAGUUCACAGUCACCAGGCCUUUCCAAGGACUCAUCCCAAAGCCUGAUGAAGAUGACGCCAACAGACUCGGGGAGAAGGUGAUCCUUCGGGAGCAGGUGAAGGAGCUCUUCAAUGAGAAAUACGGUGAGGCCCUGGGCCUGAACCGGCCUGUGCUGGUUCCUUACAAACUGAUCCGGGACAGCCCAGAUGCCGUCGAGGUCACAGGACUGCCUGAUGACAUCCCUUUCCGGAACCCCAACACAUACGACAUCCACCGGCUGGAGAAGAUCCUGAAGGCCCGGGAGCAUGUCCGCAUGGUCAUCAUCAACCAGCUCCAACCCUUUGCAGAAAUCUGCAAUGACGCUAAGGUUCCAGCCAAAGACAGCAGCAUCCCCAAGCGCAAGAGAAAGCGGGUCUCCGAAGGGAACUCGGUCUCCUCUUCCUCCUCGUCUUCCUCUUCCUCUUCCUCCAACCCAGAGUCCGUGGCGUCCACCAACCAGAUCUCACUCGUGCAAUGGCCAAUGUACAUGGUGGACUAUGCCGGCCUGAACGUGCAGCUGCCGGGACCUCUGAAUUACUAGACCUCAGUGCUGAAUCAGGACCUCACUCAGAAAGACUAAAGGAAAUGUAAUUUAUGUACAAAAUGUAUAUUCGGAUAUGUAUCGAUGCCUUUUAGUUUUUCCAAUGAUUUUUACACUAUAUUCCUGCCACCAAGGCCUUUUUAAAUAAGUAAAAAAAAAAAAAAAAGUGUUGCCUUUGCUCUUAA